CAGAUUGGUCAUGUGAUUAAUUGAAAGAAUUCAAUCAACAGAUAAUAACUAUAAUCUAAUAUAUUCACCAAAAAAUCAUUAUGGGUCGUGUUAUGAUCAAAGGUGGGGUCUGGAGGAAUACAGAGGAUGAAAUCCUUAAAGCUGCAGUUAUGAAAUAUGGCAAAAACCAGUGGUCACGUAUUGCUUCAUUAUUACAUCGUAAAUCCGCCAAACAAUGCAAAGCCAGAUGGAAUGAAUGGCUUGAUCCAAGUAUUAAGAAGACAGAAUGGAGUCGAGAGGAGGAAGAAAAAUUGUUGCAUUUAGCAAAACUUAUGCCUACACAAUGGAGAACUAUAGCCCCUAUAGUAGGGAGAACAGCUUCACAAUGUUUAGAACAUUAUGAAAUUCUUUUAGACAGAGCACAAAGGAAAGAAGAUCAAGAAGAGGAAGGGGACGGAGGAGACAAACCAAUCAGUGUGUUAGGAGGAGUAGAGGAUCCUCGAAAGUUGAGACCAGGUGAAAUUGACCCAAACCCUGAAACGAAGCCAGCUAGACCUGAUCCCAAAGAUAUGGAUGAGGAUGAACUCGAGAUGUUAUCUGAAGCCAGAGCCAGACUUGCAAAUACUCAGGGUAAAAAGGCUAAAAGAAAAGCGCGCGAAAAACAACUGGAAGAAGCCAGAAGACUGGCCACACUACAAAAAAAGAGGGAACUCCGUGCUGCUGGCAUAACUUAUAAUGAAUCAGGCUUCAACGCUUUCAAGAAUUUCAAGAAGCGCAGGCCGCAAAUUGAUUACAACGCAGAAAUUCCUUUUGAAAAAAAACCAGCUGCUGGAUUUUUUGAUCCUGACAACGAUGUUUUCCGACCUGAAGAGAUCGAUUUUAAAAAGCUCAGGCAGCAAAACUUGGAAGGGGAAUUAAGGGUUCAAAAAGAAGAGAGAGAAAGAAAAAAGGACGCCCAAAAGCUGCAAAAAAAGAAAGAAAAUGAUCUUCCUAGUCUUUUGGCUGCUCAAAACGCCCUACAAGAACCAGUUAAAAAAAGGAGUAAACUUGUGCUUCCAGCCCCACAAGUAUCGGACAUGGAGCUAGAGGAGGUUAUAAAGCUUGGUAAAAUAGGCCAGGCAGCCAAGGAAAUCGCCUUGGAGGCUGACCCAAAUUUCUCUUCAAUCGAAAAUUUGGAAGGAAGUCAGGCUCCAACUGCAAUUCUACUUUCCUCUACUCAAGGAAGGUCUAAUACUGAUUUCAAAACUCUCCAGCGAAUGCAGAAUAAAACUAGGACUCCCUACGGGGGGAGUUCCAAGGAUAGCAUUAUGCAGGAAGCCCAAAAUCUUCUAGCUUUAAAUUAUGUAGAUACCCCUCUGAAAGGAGGUCUCAACACUCCUCUUAUAUCCAGUGAUUUUUCUGGAAUUUUACCCAAGGCUAAAGACACCAAAACUCCCAACCUUAUCCUAGGCACACCCAGCACUUUGCCACACAACCUAAGGGCAUCUAUCCGUACUGGAGACGGUUCUAUGACGGAUGAUCCAAAUUUUAUGACCACUCCAUCCAGCAUUAUGGAUAACGGUCCUCAUAGCUUCGUAGCUCGGACACCUGGAAACGAAUCAAUUAUAUCUACAGCCACAGCAGAUUCUAGCUUGCAUGAUAUGUCUCAACUAAAAAUGAAUCUGAAAGUCGGUCUUUCCAACAUGCCCCAUCCUAAAAACGAUUUUGAAAUUGUUUUACCCGAAGAAAAUGAAAAUGUGAACGAAAAUCAAUCGUUCGUCGAACCUGACCCCUUUCGAGUGGCCAUAAAAGAUGCCCAGGACGAGGAGAGGGAGUUAAGGAAAGAACAAACUCGAGAAAAAUCGGAAAGAGACAAAGAAAGAUUGGAAAAUUUAUCAAACGUAGCGAAAAGAGGCCUACCAAGGCCACUCGAUAUCAAUUUGACAGUCCUCCGUCCCAUAGACUUGGACCCUUCCCUCAACGAUUUGCAAAGGGCCGAGGAAAUGAUCAAGCGGGAAAUGACUAUUUUGUUACACAGAGAUGCUGCUUUGAACGAAGAUACAUUAGCUUUGAUCGAAAAUUCUGAUUCUUCGAAAUCGAAUCGAUCUAAUGUCUAUAAACAUCCGUUUCCUGAUGCCAGAUCUGCUUUUCAGUUAGCCGCUGGCAAGAGAUCCACCAUUUUAGCCUAUCUACAAGCUCAUCCUUAUGAAAUCAUAAUGAAAGAAGAUUUCGAGAAGGCUAAACUAAUGUUGGAACAAGAGAUUGAAAUUGUCAAAGCCGGCAUGGGUCAUGGCAACUUGUCGAUGGAUGCUUACACUCAAGUUUGGGAGGAGUGUAUGGCUCAAAUUUUGUACUUACCAUCUCAAAAUAGGUAUACUCGUGCCAAUUUAGUUAGCAAGAAGGAGAGAAUAGACUCAUUGGAAAAAAAGCUAGAGUGUAACAGAGAUAUUAUGACUUCAGAGGCUAAAAAGGCCGCGAAGAUGGAGAAAAAAAUGAAAAUUCUACUUGCUGGAUAUCAAAGUCGCGCUCAUGCUAUGUCAAGUUCGAUAAAUGAAUUGGGAGAACAGCUUGAAAAUAGUAUCCUGGAAUUAGAAACUUUUACCUCCCUCAAAAAAAACGAAGAUUUGGCGAUACCUAGAAGACUUCAAUCUUUACAAGAGGAUGUGAGCCGACAAAAGGAAAGAGAAAAAGAAUUACAAGAUAAGUUUGAACAACUUCUUAAGAUGAAGGAUGAUAUAAAUUCUAUCAUGAACGUUGAUUCAAAUUCGAGCCUGAACGUUGAUUCAAAUUCGACCAUGAACGUUGAUUUGAAUUCUAAUCAAGAAAUUCAACAAGGGAUUGAUUGACUCGUGAGAUUAAUAUAAUGAACACAAAAUCCUACAAAAUAUCAUCAGUGUCCGUAAUCAGAUUUGAGAUGAU